GAGUUUUAUGUCAAACUUUUCACUUGUUAUCCGCUUUUAAUUGAUGUUCCCCUUCCUGCUUUCUUCCCUAUGGUUGCUGACUGUUUUCUGGCAGGUCUGAAAGCAAUCCCUAACCCACUGGAGAUAAAAGCCAUCAUCAAAGAGAUGAACGGGUUGAAAGCCCCGGGCAAAGACGGCUUCCAUGCUGUCUUCUACCAGAAGUGCUGGGAUCAAAUUGGAAUGGAUCUUGUUUGUUUCAUUCAGUCAUGCUUCAUUAAUCCUGACAGGAUUAAAAUGAUUAAUGAGACUCUCCUUGCUCUUAUUCCUAAAACUGAUUCCCCUUUGGCCAUGAGUCAGUUUAGGCCUAUUAGUCUUUGUAAUGUGGUGUAUAAGGUUGUGGCCAAGAGUUUAGCCAAUAAACUCAAGCCUUUGUUGCCACACCUCAUACACCCGAAUCAAUCCGGUUUUGUACUAAAGAGACAUAUUACUGACAACAUUAUCAUUUUGCAGGAAACGGUGCACUCUAUGGCCAAGAAAACUGGGAAAAAAGGGUUCAUGCUUCUCAAGAUUGAUCUUGCCAAGGCGUAUGACAGAAUUAGCUGGAAUUUCUUGGAGGUGACGCUUGUGGAAGCACAUCUACCUGCUGAAUGCAUCAAAAUCAUCAUGGCCUGCGUGACCACUACAAGCUUUCAAGUGCUGUGGAAUGGUGGGGAGACUGAGAGUUUCACACCAUCGAGAGGUCUACGUCAGGGAUGUCCACUCUCUCCCUAUCUCUUUACAUUAUGUAUGGAAAGAUUGAGUCAUACUAUUGUAGAGGAAGUUAGAAGCAAGAACUGGAACCCUAUGAGAUUGUCACUUGCUGGUCCUGACCUGUCUCACCUUUUCUUCGCGGACGACCUUGUGUUGUUUGCUGAAGCAAGCCCCAAGCAUGCUGACGUGGUCAUGUCCUGUCUUGAGAGGUUCUGCCAGGCCUCUGGGGAAUUAAUUAGUAAAGAAAAAUCUAGGAUCCUCUUCUCUAAGAAUGUGCAGAAUAGAACUAGAUCAAUCAUCUGUGCUAAGCUUGGAAUCCAAUCUACUAAUGACCUUGGUAGAUAUUUAGGAGUCCUAGUGUUGCAUGGCAGGUUGAACAACAAUACUUUCAAGUAUAUACUUGAGAAAAUGGAUAAUAAGCUCACCACUUGGAAAGCCAAAACCCUUUCACUUGCUGGAAGGGUUACCCUUGCCACUUCGGUUCUGAAUUCUCUGCCUAGCUAUGCUAUGCAGUCCUCUGUUCUUCCGGCUACUAUCUGUGAGGCUAUUGACAAGAAAAUCAAAGGGUUUAUUUGGGGGUCUCAGGAAGGGGUUAGGAAAGCACAUCUUAUCUCUUGGGAGACCAUUUGUAAACCGAAGAGUCAGGGGGGGCUUGGGUUGAGGUCUGCUCGUAGUAUGAAUAUGGCUUUUCUGAUUAAGCUUGCUUGGAAAAUUUUGAACCAUGAGGAUGCUUUGUGGGUAAAGGUUUUGCAGGGAAAAUAUUUUAAACAGAGGAAUGGUGCCAUUCUUUCCAUGAAGAAAAGCAACCAUUCGAGUCUCUGGAAAGGCAUCCUCAAAGCGAUGCCUUUGAUGAAGAGUGGAUGCUGCUGGAGUAUCAGAAAUGGCGAGACUACAAGCUUUUGGACUCACCCGUGGCUGGACACAGGGAUCACCCUCGACUCUUACCUGAUGCAGGACAUCCCAGACAGUGAGAGAUACUCUGCUGUGGCGGAAUGGACCACGGCGGAUGGUAAGUGGGAUUGGGGCAGGCUUGAGAGCUUACUGCCUGAUGACGCUCUGAAUUUGAUUGCAGGAUGUGAACCACCUAACGCGGAAUUGGGAGAAGACAAGACCAUAUGGGGGCUUGAAGCUGAUGGACGUUUCAAAUUGAAGUCUGCUUACUACCUGGCAGCAACUGGGGACGAAGGUGAAGAUGCUGACACAAGCUAGAAAAGCAUCUGGAAGUGGAAGGGACCCAACAGGGUCAAGCAUUUCUUUUGGCUGGUUUUCCAUGACCGACUGAUGACCAACCACGAACGCAAAAGAAGAAAGAUCACCACUUCGG